GCUGUUCAGGCCCAUAAAAGGCAGAGGAUGUAGGGCCAGGGGAAGUGGGAGCCAAGAGGCAACAAACUUCUCUGUGGCUACGGAGCACCUAGCACCAGAACCCACAGCCAUGGGCUUCAACCUGAAGGUGAAGAUGCUGAGUGGCCAGGAGAUCUUGGUGCCCGUGACGGCCUCCAUGCUGUUGUCGGAGCUGAAGCAGCGGGUCUCGAAGGAGAUAGGCGUGCCUACCUUCCAGCUGCGGCUGGCCCAUUCAAAUGGCACAGUGCUACAGGACGGAGUGCCCCUCAUGGACCAGAGCCUGGGCCCUGGCAGCAUGGUCCUGCUGAUAGUGGACAGCUGCGAGCCCCUGAGCAUCCUGGUGCGCAAUGACAAGGGCAGAAGCGUUGCCUAUGAGGUCCGGCUGACCGACACUGUGGCCCAGCUUAAGCAGCAAGUGUGCCAGCAGGAGAGGGUGCAGGCUGACCUCUUCUGGCUGACCUUUGAGGGGAGGUCCCUGGAUGAACAGAAGCUAUUGGGGGACUAUGGCCUUACCCCCAGGUGCACAGUGUACAUGAAUCUGCGGCUUCGGGGAGGCUGAAGAGGCCCCAGGGGACGCUGAGUUUUCUGCCCUCCUGAGGGGACUGGAGGAGGAGAUACCUGGGGUGCCCACUCCAAGACCUGCGGGCUUCCCGUGCCAGUAAUAAAAAUUGAUGCAAAAUGAACUGUUGGCCUCCUGCUCUGUCUUGCCCCUGUGUCUGUCUGCCCCUAUCCUCCCCACCGCCGCUGGGGAAAAGCAGGAGACUGUGGGGGGAGGGGACCCAGGGUUGCUGGGGGUGACCAGGCCAGGGUUACCAACAAGGCUCUGGGUUAAAGGACAAAGGUUUCACACUGAGAGCUUGGUGGGCUCAAAAUAGUGAAGAAAUUGAAGUAAGACAUGUCGGCACACACAAAUUAACUUUAGAGAAACAAAAGGAGGAAACUUUGUUGGAGCCCAUGCAGGUGAGUGUUCUCCAGCCCUGCACAGCUGCCCCCCACCUGGGAAGGUGUGGUGGUGGGUCCCCAGGACGUAUCCUGGUGGUUGUGAGGGAGGGAGGCCCACACCAACUGGGGCUGAGGGUCUCUUGGCACCCCAGAACUGACCAGCCUGCCUUGUCCUACUUGCAUUAGUCUGGGGAAAGGUCUGGGCAGGGGUUUGAUGAAGGCCGAGCUGCCCAGUGGAGCCAGUACCCCUCCCUGGGCAGCUCCAGAAUUAU